UGUGGUGGCACAAAAUUCAAAUAAUUAGAAGGUUCGAUAACAUGCCAUGAUUAUCAAGAAAUCAAAAUUCAAGAAAGUACACAUGUAUUAGGGGUCGGGGCUAUUCCUCGUUCAAUACUCGUCAUUCUAAAAGAUGAUCUUGUUGAUGUUGUUAAAGCAGGAGAUGACGUUAUAGUCACUAGGGUCUUAACUGCAAGGUGGUUGCCUGACUUAAAAGAUGUUCGUUGCGACCUUGAUCCUGUGUUGAUUGCUAAUCAUGUGAGGAGAACAAAUGAGCUGAAAUUGGAUAUUACUAUUCCUCAUGAUGUCAUUAUGAAAUUCAAUCAAUUUUGGAACGAGUUUAAGGAUACCCCUUUGAAAGGGAGAAAUGCAAUAUUACAAGGUGUUUGUCCACAAAUUUUUGGACUCUUCACUGUAAAGCUUGCAGUUGCAUUAACACUUAUUGGAGGUGUGCAACAUGUUGAUGCUUCUGGAACCAAGGUUGGGGAUCGAAUUGGCAAGGAGCAUUGCAAAGGUAAUUUGCAAGAGUUGUUAAACCCAGACAAAAAACAAGAUUUUAGUAAGAGAACAACAUCAAAUACAAAUUCAUUGGAGAUGGAUAAAAGUUGGAUCCAUCUUAAUAGAGUAACGGUGGAAUAUGAGCAAAAAGCUAGAGAGUUUGCACUUGCUUGACUGGGCAGAUGCAAUUGUUGCUGAAGGUCGUUGGGAUUCUAGUGAUCCAAAUAUAACUAUACAUGGAAAGCCUCUUGGACCAGAAUUUAUGCGAGUAUGGGUUGAUGUUACUAUUGUACCAGAGUCUUACUUAUUUCGUCCUAAUCAUGCGAUGCUUACAAUACAAGAAGCAGUUGGUUCCACAGUUGCAUGGCCUUCUAAAAAAGUUAUUCCAAGAGGUACAUUUUCAUACUCAAAAAAUAAC